AAGAAGAGGAGGAGCAGGGUGCAGGAGAGGGAAGGAGGGGAAAAGAAGAGAAGACAAAAGAUUCAUAAAACUAAAGCAGUUGUGGACGACAGCAAAAGUUCUCGUAAAGUUCACCUCUUACAAGCUAAAGGAAUGGGCAGCCUCCCAGUGGUCCUGCUCCUCUGCAGUUUCCAGGCACUCAUGGCCGUAGCCCAGACUCAGCCAAACGAGGCACCUGGAGGUGUUUUACCACCCAAUUGUAGGGAGGAGAUGUAUCCUUGCACCAGGAUGUACUCAGUUCACAAGCCCAUCAAGAAAUGUAUUGGUAGUCUUUGUCUCUACAGCCUCCCUCGUGUCUACGUGAUCAACAAUGAGAUCUGUAUGAGGACAGUGUGCCAAGAUGAUGAGAAUCUGAAAGCUGAACUAUGCAGAGAGUUGUCUGGAUGGCCCAGACGUAUCCAGAGGUCAUCCAAUAGGAAACCUUGUCACAAUCGUCGUGGCAACACUCAAACCUGGGCAAACAAAGCCUGAUGACCACACUAGAAUGACCACAUGACCACCGGUGACAACGGUGCCCCUUUAGAGACACGACCCGGGGGCAGCAUCAUAAAAACACCCCAUAAAAACGCCAUAAAUCCACUGCUCCACAUCUGAGGGUCUCUUUCCUUUUCUUCCACACGUACACGUGUGCUGAGUCAUAUCUACAUAUGUUUAUGUGUUAGUCUUUUUAUUGUGUGUGAAUAUCGACUGUGCGCUCAUGUUGUCUGUGUGUUAUUGGACACAGGUCAUGUCUUCCAUGGUUUACGAUUCAUUUUAGGUACUGUAGUAAUGAGCCUAUAGCAGCACUGAGUCAUCAUAUAAGAAAAAACUAAGCAAAACAAAGACCUAUCCUGUUGUGGAUUUUAAGGUACACACUGAAAUUCCAGUAUUACGUGCACUAUUGUAUUCAAUAAAAUAUAAUGGAAGUUGUU